UGCUCUUCAAAUUCCUAUUCCUCUCCCACUUUCUUCUACCCUAACGCCGUGGCAUUCGCUGUCUCUGUCCGCCGUGACGGAAAAGACAAGAAAAUUUUAUCAGAAAAGGAGAAAUAAUUUGAAUUCAGAUGGCGGCACAGCCUCCGGCAAUGACAGACGGCGGAUCACAGCCUGUGACAGCGCUUUACGUUGGUGACCUCCACCCGAACGUGACCGAGAUUGAAUUAAGCGAGGCGUUCAGCCGAAUGGGAGACGUAAUAUCUGUUAAAAUUUGCAUGGACCAUACUACUGAGAGGUCACUUGGAUAUGGCUACGUCAAUUAUAGUAACCCUCAAGAUGCCGCAAGAGCCUUGAAGGAGCUGAACUUCACUAAUCUAAAUGGAAAACCUAUCCGAAUAUCAUAUUCUAAUCGAGACUCAAGCUUACGUAGAAGUAGUGCUGGAAAUAUAUUUGUUAAGAAUUUGGACGUUGCAAUUGAUAACAAAGUAUUAAACGAGAUAUUUUCUUCAUUUGGAAACAUAGUUUCAUCCAAAGUUGAAACAGAUUCGUUUGGUCAGUCGAAGGGCUAUGGUUUCGUGCAAUACGAUACUGAGGAAGCUGCCCAGAAAGCUAUUAAUGAACAGAAUGGCAUGUCAUUGUAUGGCAAGCAAGUCUACGUAGGACAUUUCGUUAGCAAGCGAGAAAGAGAGAAUAAGACAAAAUUUACCAAUGUGUUUGUAAAGAAUUUGUCUGAAUCAAUAAGUGAAGAAGAUCUGAAGAUAAUAUUUGGUGAAUUUGGAUUGAUUACCAGUAUAGCAGUGAUGAGAGAUGAAGAUGGAAAUUCAAAAUGUUUUGGAUUUGUAAACUUUGAGAAUGCAGAGGAUGCUGCUAAAUGUGUUGAAUUUCUCAAUGGUAAGAAAUUCAAUGACAAGGAAUGGUAUGUUGGACGAGCCCAGAAGAAAUCUGAGAGGGAACGUGAAUCAAGACUUGAGUACGCCGAGAAGGAGACACGUGAAAGAUCAUUAGGAUUAAACAACCUCUAUAUCAAGAAUCUAGAUGAUAGCAUUGACGAUGAUAAGCUCAAGGAAUUGUUUUCUCAAUUUGGUGUUGUAACAUCGUGCAAGAUUAACUGUGAUGCAAAAGGGAUUAGCAAAGGCUCAGGCUUCGUUGCAUUCUCAACUCCUGAAGAGGCUUCAAGAGCAAUCUUGGAAAUGAAUAAGAGGAUGAUUGGAAGCAAACCUCUUUAUGUUGCUAUUGCAGAAAGAAAGGAAGUUAGAACAGCAAGGUUACAGGCUCAAUACUCCCAUAUGCGGCCAAGUACUUCAGUCACUCCACGUAUGCCAAUGUUCACUCCUGGUAGUCCUGGACCAGGGCAACAAAUAUUCUAUGGACAUGCUGGACCUUCUAUAAUUUCUCCAAUGUUUGUUCAGGGAAUGAGACCUACUGGCCCAUUCCUGCCAAAUGUCGUCCUGCCUCUGAUUCAACCGGGACCGCCAGGGUUGUACCCAGGUGGUAGACACGCCAGUGUUGAUUCUGUACAGCAAAGCCUACAACCAUUUCCAAUGAUGCAGCAACAGGCGAUUUCAAGGGGACGUGCAUAUCGAUAUCCUCGGCCUAAUGUUUCUGUGCAAGGAAUCUCUGGAGACAUGGUUUCCUUUCCACGCGAAAUUGGCAGCUCACAGCUGCGUGAUGCACGGAUUUCUCAGAGAAUUCCAGUUCAAACUUUGGCUUCUGCACUUGCAAAUGCUCCCUCUUCGGAACACAGAAUGAUGUUGGGUGAGAAUUUAUACCCACUCAUCGAAGAGUUGGAGCCCGAGUCAGCAGCUAAGGUGACCGGCAUGCUUUUGGAAAUGGACCAAACCGAGGUUUUACACUUGAUGGAGUCGCCAGACGCGCUUAGAGCCAAGGUUGCAGAGGCUAUGCAUGUCCUGAGGAACGUGCCUCAGCACGAGGCUAGCAGCCUGGACGAGCUGCUCGCAUAGUUGGCAUUGAUUAAAUAACUAUAUAGUUCCCUAUGUCUGUCGAAUAAGGGUGGAAUUAUGUAUUGUACAAGAACUAGAUUUUGUUACAUUGUUGAGCUAAACUUUGAUACAGAAGGUAGACUGUGUUUUGUGAGGAAAUAACAGGAUACUGUGAAUUUCAUUUUCUUUUUA